ACUCCACCCACUUUUUGCUUUCUUUCUCCAUCUCUGCCACCGUCUCUCUCCCUCUCUGGACUUGUCUUUAUUUGGCACUCCCGGAAGCUGCUGGGCAUUGCUCUCCCUGCCUGCCCGGGCAGCUGAUGUGACUGACUGACACCGGCUCCCGCUGAGGAGGAGGAGGAGAAGGAGGAGGAAGAGGAGGAGGAGGAAGGAGAGCCGCGGCGAGGAGAGGGAGGGGGGGAGCGAGUGACCGGCCGCGGAUUUUCAUUGCAGAGAGGAGGGGGGAAAAAAAACAACCUACGCGGGUCAUCAAAACAGGGCCUUACUGAGAGGUCUUCUGGUUUAAUCCAAAUUGACAUCAGUUUGAGAAGACUCUGUUUACAUUCCUCCCCUACAGCUAAUGGAAAACAAAACACAAACCAUACAAGAAUGGCAGAGACUCAUGGCUUAAUGGAGAGAUUGGAGAAAGCAGUGACUCGACUUGAAUCAUUGUUUUCAGAUUCACACAGAUCUGGUGGAAUGGAGUGUGAUGGCAUCAAUGGAGUCAAUGGAAGCAUAGCACCAUAUGUGGAAGCCUUUGAUAGGCUGCUGAACGGAAGUGUUGCUGAGUUUCUCAGGUACAGCAAGAUUCUUGAAGGUGACGUGAAGACACAUGCAGAGAUGGUACGUGCUGCUUUCCAAGCGCAGAGAUCUUUCUUGCUGUUAGCAUCUCAAUGUCAAGAGCCUCAAGAGAACGAGGUGGCAAUGCUUCUCAAGCCAAUAUCAGAGAAGAUUCAGGAAAUCCAGAAUUUCAGAGAAAGGAACAGAGGAAGUAAAAUGUUCAACCACCUGUCAGCUGUCAGUGAGAGCAUCCCUGCCCUUGGGUGGAUAGCAGUGUCUCCUAAACCAGGUCCUUAUGUCAAGGAGAUGAAUGAUGCUGCUACCUUUUAUACUAACAGGGUAUUAAAGGACUACAAGAACAGUGACACACGCCAUGUUGAUUGGGUGAAGUCAUAUCUGAACAUCUGGUCUGAGCUUCAAGCUUAUAUCAAAGAGCAUCACACCACAGGUCUCACCUGGAGUAAAACUGGUCCUGUUGCAUCCCCCAUGUCCAUGCGAUCUGUUCUAACCAGCGGCUCCUGCCUUUCCCCGCCACCUCCUCCACCGCCGCCCCCGGGACCGCCUCCCAUCCUCGAUACUGAAACCGCGAAGGACGAAGGAACUGCAUCUCGCUCAGCCCUCUUUGCACAGCUCAACCAGGGCGAGGCAAUUACCAAAGGGCUUCGACAUGUCUCUGAUGACCAGAAGACUCACAAGAACCCCAGCCUACGUGCCCAAGGUCCACCUGUUCGUUCUCCAACAAAAAGCCAUACUCCAAGUCCUACCUCUCCCAAGAAUUCCCCACAGCAGAACCAUGCCCCUGUCUUGGAGCUAGAGGGAAAGAAGUGGAGAGUGGAAUAUCAAGAGGAUAAGAAUGACCUGGUCAUCAACAACACUGAACUCAAGCAAGUGGCCUAUAUUUUUAAGUGUAACAAAUCUACACUUCAGAUAAAAGGAAAAAUCAACUCAAUUACUAUUGACAACUGUAAAAAGUUUGGCCUUGUGUUUGACAAUGUUGUGGGAAUCGUGGAAGUGAUCAACUCCAGGGAUAUUCAGAUUCAGGUGAUGGGGAAAGUGCCAACCAUUUCUAUUAACAAAACAGAAGGCUGCCACAUCUACCUCAGUGAGGAGUCAUUGGAUUGUGAGAUUGUGAGUGCCAAGUCAUCCGAGAUGAACAUUCUCAUCCCCCAGGAUGGUGAUUAUAAAGAAUUUCCGGUUCCUGAACAGUUCAAGACAGCAUGGGAUGGAUCUAAGUUGGUCACUGAACCUGCAGAGAUUGUGGGUUGACUUCCUCACGCCAUAGAGCACUCGCUGACCGCGGCCAGACUGCGGCCAGCACACACAAAGCAGUAAUGUAAAGAACUAGAGGUAGCAGGAGUUCAUGCUGCUGUCAUAGGCCUUCAAGCAUUAGCUCUGCAUGCUAGGAACAAUAACACAUCUGGCACCCUUUUGUUAGGCAUCCCGGUCCUGGUCACGUCUCCACACAGUUUGCCUUCACAUACAAUUUUAAUUCUGAAUAAGAAUGCAAUAGGUUAAACUCCCCCACCCUCCAGUCACAUCAUUGGUUUGAAAUUUUGUAUACAUUAAGCCAACGUACUGCAUGAUACACUUUUUUUAUCAUCUUGCUUCAGUGCAUUCCUUUUUGUAUUUCUGCUAAUCAAAAACAGCAUUAAGACCUUAAGGUGUUUAUUUUUGCCUUUUAAGCAAUUCCUGUACGACGCAGUAAAAAUGUACCUGUAGAAAGUAUGCAGUUUCUUGCAGUUCUGUGGCAGUCAUAAUGUGUUUUGUUUCAAACAAGCAAAAAAGGACAACUUGCACCACAGCAAUACAUUUUGCUAACUGAAAAUGAAAAAAAAAUCUGGUAAUUUAAUCAAAAGUGGUUUUAAUAUGCAUAUUUAGAAGAUAACACAGUUUUCUGUGAAGUAAGAUUUUACUAUGGUUCGCAGACUUGCUGCCCUCUCAUUUCUUGCAAAUCAGUAAUUCUUUCUAAGCUAGGUCCUCAUCAAUGCUAAAACCUUGCAGGAAAUUACUUGAAGGUUUUUUGCUCCUUGGAUUUCAUUUUUUCCCCCUCUUUUUUUUUUUUUUUUGAGGGGGGGUUGACACAAUCUCCCACUUUUUAAAAUUUCACAUUUUAUCUUGCAUCUUAUACAGAAAACCAAGUAACACACACAUCUGAUACCAGCUAGUUUCCCUUACUUAUAAGGUUCCUUUAAAAUAUUUGUAUUGUAACUCAUCAUGUUCAUUAAAGUAUCAUCUUGGGGUUGAUUUUUUCCCCACAUUUGUAGGAGUUACUCAGUUACAAAUAUGUUCACAAAGCAAAGCCAUAGAUUUAUGCCAUACUAAUUCUGAGCCCAAAUAAAGGGGUCAUUUCUGGUUUUGCCCUUUGACUCUACAGUCCCUAUGCUUUUUUUUUAACAAACGUGGAGUAUUGUAUACAUUUGUACUAUUUCAGCACAUAGUACAAAUAAAACUUAAAAAAUUUUAGAAGUCAGUUUAUGGUUUUGAUCACUUCUAAUACUUUGUAUCAGUUAAAUCACAGUGAGAUGCUUGCAGAGCUAGUUACAAGCUAAAUUUUGUGCCUAACUUACCUUGGAAGUACAUUAACUCUUAAGGGUUUUUAAGUAUACCUUUGAUUGUAAACCCUAUACAAUACAACCAAUAGUGCUCAUUCCUUACGGUUUUGCUAUCUGGUGUUUAACCUAUGUGUAUAAUUGUGUUUGCUUUAAUAUAUAUCAUUUUUUCAACAGUAAACUUCUUAUGAAAUAAAAAGGAAAAUGUACUUGUUUAAAAACAAAGUUGUUCAGAGCUUAACCUAUUGCACUGUUUGUCCUACAGGCUCUCUCUUCCUUAAACCCUGUUUCAAAAGCUGGAGUGAGAAAAAGUAGCUCCUCCUUCCAUUUCACUAAAAUAUCACCACUUGUGCUGCCAUAAUCCACCUCGCAGUGAGUAGAGGAUAUUCUCUAUGCUGGCAGAUAAACCUGACGUGUUAUGCACAUAACUUUGGUGACAGCCAGCAAAUUGAACUUUUCAUGAUUCUCACUUCUAGGUACACCUAGAAGUAUCUUCCAGGGAUUAUGUCUAGGGAGAUGAUCAUGAUGUAGUGCAAGUUGGUAUGGUUUGCCUUCUAUUUUUAGCUUUUCCUGUUGUUUCUCUGUAUAGCUUCAAUCACAGGUGGUCCACUCCAUAUAUCAAUUGGAUAUGCCUCAUCUCUGAAAAAUGGGCAUCACAUACUUGUCAUCAUAAAAGGAUUGUUGAAGGGCUGUUUAAUCCUUAAAUCAUAAUUGCAAUGCAUUCCACAAAAUAAUCUCCUUCUGGAGCACUCUGGCCUGAGAUACUGACUUUUUCUUUCAUACAGCAUCAAAGAAGGGACAAGGCAUUAUGCAGCAGCAGGAUGCCACUUACUGCUUUGGAGGUAAGACACAAACCAGGUAUCAAAUCCUGAUGAUAAACAGAAAGCAGCAAGACAGCCCUGAGUCACUACAGAGGCAAAUUCUUAUAGUUCCUCUGAGGGAUUUAACUCCCCUAUCAAAUACAAAGUCCAUGAAAGCUGAUCUGAUUCUUCUUUAAACAUUUGAAGGCAAACUCCUUCAUGGCUAGACCUUCAUCUUAACAUUCACGUUAAGUACAUUACUUUGACUGGUUACUUAGCAGAAAUAGGUCCUGUAAAGUAACAACACGUGCCUGACAGUGUGAGCACACCUCAGACCUUUGUCAGAGGGCAGAAGUUUAAAAGAAAAGGAAGAAGGCCUUGCAUGGACAGACCCAAGGCAAUUGGGUCAACUUCUUCAACUGAAGAGAAGGAUACUAAGUCAAUGCAUUGAAACACCAGAAAAGUAGGAGAGAGACUUCUAAAAUAGAUUAUAUCCAGCACUCUUAGUCAACCACAAAACAACAACAACAAACCUAUAACUACCUUUUGUCAGUUCAGUUUGGUCACCAUAAAAAAUACUUGUCAUACAUUUCCAGUAGGUUGCACUGUUCUUUCCCUGCAAUCUGUCAUUAAAUUCAAAAUUACAAAGGAGAGCUAAAUCAACAAAGUUCUGCUUCUACUUUACAUGAAUUUGUGUACAAUUAAAGGUUAAAAACUCCUUUUGUGGAAAAUCAAGUUUAUCUUACGAACAGAAAUAGCCAACAAACUGCGAAGAGUCAUUUGAGGAAUCAUCUCAACCAUGAGCAGUUGCAGCCACCAAGUUUUCAGCAGCAAGACUGAUCUGUGUUUGAUGGUUGAUUCCAGCAAGGAAUGAACUACUAAUUGCUGAGCAUCCCUAAGGUCCCAUUGAUCUUCUUUUUACUGCAUGCUGUCACACAAGAUGUACCCCCCUUGAUUUCUGUGUUACACUAAUAUUGUGGUCAUGCUCUAAAGUCAGUACCACUGCCAAAACAGAAAACAGUAAAACGGUAAAUUUGGUUCAUAUAUUGAUAUAGAAAAAA